GAGAGAGAGAGAGAGAGAAAUGUACCUGAGAGCAAGGGACAGAAUGUUGUGUUGGUAAAAGUAGACUAGCAGUCCAGACGUUUCGCACAAAGAAAAGAAAAGGUGUGAGAGACAAAAAAACUAAUCAAUAGACACACUUCAGAACAACAGAGGGAGGGUGUGAGAGAGAAAAUCAUUGUUAGAUAUAGAGGAAGUCAGCGAGAGGAUUAAGGGAUGGUAAAACAAAUAGAGGGAGAGGUACAAAUAUAAUUCAAAAUAUGGACAUCAAAGAGACAGAGGAUUGAAAGUGAUGUGGAAGUGAGAGAGUCAGUGACAAGUGUUUAAGUCAGUGAAUUGGUUAGUAAAGACAGAAAAUACACCAAAGUGGUGGCCAUGUCUCAGAGUGGCUGAAACAAUCAGGCAUCUCGUUUCAUCAAAAUGACUCUUCUCAGCUGAGACAGGACUAAGGGUCACAGAUGACAUCAUUACCAGGCGAUCUGGACAACGAGUCAAAGAAACAACAUUAUGUGGCAAGGUAAAGAUCUAGAGGUUGAGACUGCUAUGGAUUAAAACAGCAAGGAAGAAGACUUAUUUGAAAUGAAAACGUCCAUCAACAUCAUAAUCCUUUCCCUUACUGUGUUGCGCUGUGUGAGCUGUGAGGACAUCACAGUGAAUGGAAAUGAGGGGGGAAAUGCUGUCAUCAACUGUCUAUCUCAGAAGGGAUAUGAGUCCUACUCAAAGUACCUGCUGAAAGGAGAGUAUAAAGACCGUGUUGAUGUCAUCCGGUCUGAUGGCCAGGCAGUAUUGACUCACAGAGGGAGAGUAUCUCUGCAGGACAAGAAGGACACAAACAAGUUCAUUGUGACCAUCCGUAACCUGACCAUAGAGGAUGCUGGGACAUAUGGGUGUGGAGUUGACAAAUGGUUCGAAGAUUUGUAUACCACAGUGAAGCUCACAGUAGAUAGGAAGCCCAACAAACCAACACCUGCCAUUCCAAAAGUCACUGUAGAGGUCUCCACAGCUACUCUCUCAAACACUGUAUCAGUGUCCACCCAUAACGCAACAACCAGACCGCUGUAUAACAUCACAGAGUCUGUGGGGACCAAACACUUUCAGUCCGAUCCCACGUCAGCUGCAUCAGGCGGCCAUCUAGCUAUUCUCUCUGGGGGUCUUGUUGUUGCCGUGGUGAUAUUUGGUCUGCUGGUAGUGACUUUUAGACUGAUGAAAAGAUCUGAGAAAAAAAGAGCAUCACCUCUUUCUGGAAACACCAGACCAGACGUGUGUGUGUACUCAGAAAUACAGCCCACAUCUCCACAUGCAUUACCCACACCUCUAUCUGGAUACACCAGACCAGACUCGUGUGUGUACUCAGAAAUACAGCCCACAUCUCCACAUGCCACUGAUGGACCCAACCAGAGUGACCUAAGCAGCAGUCCAGCACUGACCUCCAUCUACGCCCUGGCAACACAUCCAGCUCCUCCGCCUGCGCAGCACCACAUCAUUGCUAAAGCCGCCAAUCAGCACCCUCAACCCACCGCUACCGGUGAUGACAUCUACUCCCUAGCAACGCAUCCGACCCGGGCUCUGCACUCGGGUGCGACUUCAGCAGCCAAUCAGCAUGAGCUUUGCCCUGCCACUGAUGUCAUUGGUAGUGAUGUCAUCUACUCCCUAGCAACCAACCUGAUGCCGUCUCUGCCCACAUGUGCUUCUACAUCAUCAACAAACAAUCAGCAGCCUGAGUCUGGCCCUGCCAUCUACUGCAACCUCACCUCAGCCAAUGAGAAUCCAGACGGCUGUGAAUAUGCAACAGUUGUCUUCAGUAAUGAGCCAAUUGUCUCCCCCUGUAAAACACAGAUAGAGUUUUUGUAAUACUAGGAGAUCUUAGCCAAUAGCAAGUGGGGAUAGCUUUCUCAUCAGCAAAAUACCUCCCAGUCUCCCUGUCUACACCCCACCAGAGCUCAAAAGGGAACAGAAUCUUCACGUUUGUAUGGAAUCAUAUGGUAAACAUGUUCCCCAAGCUAAAGGUAGUUAGCCGUUUAAUUUUUACACACAACUAUUGGCCUCUGUUGGUGCACCUCGACACAGGUAUCAAGUGAGGACUAACACAGACUCGAGUUUAGUGACUGUGCAUGAACUGUGAUUGACAGUCAGAUCUGCCAAUGAUCAUACAGCCCUGAUCAUAUGGACCAGAAGAAACAUGAGCAGUGGAUUUUUUUUUUUAUCUCUCUUACUAGUAUUAGCAUAAACUCCGACAGACAAUGAAGCCAGGGUCACUCUAAUGACUGAUUGGGUUUCAUUGAGUUUUUCUGGAAACAUCAAAGCUUCUGGACUCAGUUGCUUUUUGAGACUGUAUUGAACUUUACUGUCAUGAGAGUGACAAUCACUGACUCCAGAGACUGAUCUCUUGUUGCCUUGCCAUAAGCACUGUUAAGUUCAUAUCAGUCAUGUCAGAUCUAGCGUCAUGAAACUGUUGCAGAACUGUCAAUGUUAAAAGCAUAUUAUCGUAUUUUUUUUUUAUUUUUUAUUUUUCAUUUAUGGUAUGAAUGCAGAACAAUUAAGACCUGUAUUUUCAGGUUUGAGUCCAGCUUUGAAUGUGCUUCCCACAUAGCAACUUAGAAGUACAUGGCAAAUGUGAUUAAUGGAGACAGAAUACCCUCAAAAAGAAAUUGGUGUACGGUACAUGUAAUGGCUUUAUUGUGAACAUGUUUUUAACACUCACCAUCACUAGGGGGCACAUCAGUAUGUGUACUGUAUGUCUUUAUGUAUUAAAUAUGUAAAUACUUACAAACAGUGCCUUUUGAAAGUGUUCAUCACUUCUGAGCUAUAUCCCCUUGUAUUGCUUUUAUAAAUAGAAUUUUGGUCAAUUUAAUUUUUGUCUUGUGUUCAGUUAUG